GCGAUAGUAAAGUACUUAUACUAUCGAUGUGUCAGGUACACAAAACCCUGUCGGUCGCUGUGACAGAUACCAGGCAACACACAGCAGGAUCUACCUCUCUACUACCAGCAAGGGAGGAUCACGCUCACCGGUGUAGCCAAUGUCUUACCUGUAAUAUUGGUAUAAAGCGAUCGUACAGCGGUUUGGGUCAGCACAGUUCAGCUAAGCCCGUCCUCGAAACCAGUCGUGUAUCAGAAUGUACAACCAAACGUUCAACGCCAGUUCCUACGGUGGUGUCGGUUACGGUGUAGACCAGCAGUACUACUACCACCAGCAGCAGCAGCAGCAGCACACAGCAACAACAGCAACACCAGGCUCAGAAGCAGCAGCAGCAAAUGAUUGCCGGCAUUAUGGGCUACUAUCCACCGGAAGCGGCUGCAAUGUUCUACAACCCGUACUCGUACGUCGGUGGUCAGCUCGACCAGACGGCGGCACAACCACAGUUUGCUGGCCACCAGCAGCUGGAUUAUCAGCUGACCCCAGCCCUAUACCUGCUGAACCAGCAGGCCGAGCUGCUCCAAAGGUCACUCGCUAAGGCACAUGCCAAGAAGCCAGCGGAAGGUAUGACGACGGCGGGCAGCAAUAGCACCAACAAGCCACAGCGCAAGCAACGAGGACCGUACAAAAAGCGCACCAACAAAACGCUUUCGCCAACGGUCUCCCCAGCACCGGAGUUUGCCACCGAGUCGGAGCGUCUUUCAUCGUCCGAUCUGUCCAGCAGCAGCAGCAGCAGCAGCAAUAACAAUCGUUCCAUAACCAGUUCGGCGGUCCAAUCCGACCACCUACCGGCCUGCCGGGAUACGGCUGGUGCCGGUGCCGGGCGCGACCAGCAAACACUACGGAAGCGCAAAAGUGAUUCCUUCCUCGAGCUUGACCAGCCGCAGGAUUGCAAACACAACACCCGCACGCUGGCCCACAAGCAAUCGAUCUUCCGCAAUGUUGCGCUGAUGGCCGUUAGCUCCUGCACCGCUCAACACGCCGCCACGGUCGUACAGUGUUGACCGGCCAGCCAAGCGAUCAGCGCUAAGGUUCCCGGGGUUAAAAGUUAAACUUAAACAAAAAACAAAGCAGCAGCGAGUGCAGCAGUUCCUUAUCGACGGUCAAGUGUACAAUAUUUAAAAGAAAAUAUAUAAUUAAAAUUAAAAAGAUUACUGAACAACGAA